GUGCAAGCGCAGCCGCAAGGGGCAGUGUUUUUAACGGGCACCUUCUUUCUCCCAGAAUCUCUUCCUCAGUCAACGAAACAGAGGCGGAAGUCAAUAGAGACUACAGACUGAUUCGGUUUUAUUCCGGCUGAACAGAGAGCAGAAUGGCGGACGAGGAGGACGAGACGGGCUACGAUGAAGAGUUGGAUGACGGCUCCAGCGGGGUCGAUGUCGGCCACGGGAAGAGGAAAAGGCUCUUCUCCAAGGAGCUCCGGUGCAUGAUGUACGGCUUUGGGGACGACCAGAACCCGUAUACGGAGUCUGUGGAUAUUCUGGAGGACUUGGUGAUCGAGUUUAUCACGGAAAUGACCCACAAAGCUAUGUCUAUCGGACGCCAGGGCCGCGUCCAGGUGGAGGACAUCGUUUUUCUAAUUCGCAAAGACCCCAGGAAGUUCGCCCGAGUCAAAGACCUACUGACCAUGAACGAGGAGCUGAAGAGAGCCCGGAAAGCUUUCGACGAAGCAAAUUAUGGCUCAUAAACACACCCUGGGACACUUCUUGACAUACAUCUAAUUUGGUGGUUCAUGUCUUUUAAUUUGCCCUACACUUCGUUUACUUGUGUUCUUUAGGAGCUUGUUCAGAUUUCGGUUGCUUUCCCAAGUUUUUUACUGACAAAUGAUUUGCAUUAUUUUACAGAUGGUAUGACAAUGACGAGCAACGUCAGAGUGUCGCCAUGCUGUUUGGGGUCGUUUGAAUAAAGUAACUUACCUAUUGUUAUCACAUGCCCAGUCAUUAAUAUUAAUUCGAGUACCCGUAUACGUAGAAGAGACUGCUGUGGCUCAAACUCACACGCACAAAUCAGCUGAAGUAUGAAAAUGGCAGUAUCAUACUGCCUUCGCUGUACAUUCUCCAACAGCAGCCAACACGCUUACAGUUGCAUUGUCAAACCAUAGCUCUUUAAGUUUUAACCCGCCCCCGACAGUGUGCAGCCACAGCAUCUACCUCGCUUGGUACACUGUUCUACGGACGACUAAAGCUGCAAAGAUUAGUCACUUACCGGAAGAUUAAUUACCAUCUGUUUUGUUAAUUCGUUGUUUUGAGUCAUUUUGUUAAGAAAAAAAAAAUCAAAAUUAUCUGGUUCCAGCUUCAGUGUGAUUAUAUGUGUGUUUCCUUAGUCCUCUAUGAUUGUAAACUGAUUAUUUGGGGAUUAUGGAGUGAUGUUUGGACAAAACAUGGCACGUUACCUAUGACUGUAGGAAGCUGUGGUGGACAUUUCCUUAGUUAGAUGCAGCACCAAUGGCAUUUAAGUUAUUAUUUGUGAAAGCACCAAAUUUAAUAAAGUACCUGCAAUACGA